GUUUCCUGGAUGCGAAAGCGAGACCUGCACAUCCUCACCUCUGGGAUCCACACGUACACGGGGGACGGCCGGUUCAGCGUUCGACAUCCAGAGCACAGCGACGACUGGGACCUCCGCAUCGAGUAUGUCCAGAAACGCGAUGGAGGCGUCUACGAGUGCCAGGUGAACACGGAGCCGAAAAUUAAUCUGGCCAUCAUGCUCAAUGUCGACGACUUAUCCUCCCUUGCUGCCACGCAUCCAGGCCCUCGAUCCAAAGAUGCUCAGGCUUCGAUAUCGGGUCCACCAGAAGUCUAUGUCAAGAAAGGCAGCACCAUCUCCCUAACCUGCACAGUGAAUGUUCAUUCCACACCUCCUUCGUCGGUUCUUUGGUACCAUGGACAUUCAGUGGUGGAUUUUGAUUCUCCUAGAGGUGGUAUCAGCCUGGAAACAGAAAAAACAGAAGCUGGUACUACGAGUAAACUACUGGUCACUAAAGCCUUGCUAACUGACACGGGAAAUUACACGUGUAUGCCGUCCAAUGCGAGUCCGGCGUCAACUGUAGUACACGUAUUGAAUGGGGAACACCCAGCGGCGAUGCAGACUAGCAGGGCGGGAUCCACUCACCAGAUGGCGUUGCUGGCUUCACUUUCCCUGCUGGCAGUCGUUUCAACUAGAUGAUUAUAUCUCCAAUAAAUAUUAAUCAAUUCUGUGCUCAUCUCAAUCUAGACUGUCUGAGUGAAGUGAGCCUGGCGAGGGGUCCGGGAAAAUUAGUUUCUGAAACGUCUUCAUAACGGUGGUGAAAAAAGCUCAACGAUUUUAUCGGUGAUAGUCAAGUGAUGGAUUAUUAAAUUUCCGCUGAAUUUAUGCAAGAUUUGGCAAGGUGUGUAACAAAUGU